AUGAACUUCCCAGUUAACUCGCUACCAUAUAUCAAGGGUCUCAAGACCCCCGCUCGAGACUUUGCAGGAACGGUCCUGGCAGCUGGCCAAAGUACUGAGUUUCAGAAGGAUGAUGAAGUCUUUGGCAUCAGUAUGGCAUUCGAUGGCACCGGCUUCCUGGCCGAGGUUGCUCAUACUGAUGCUGGAAAGGCCGAAGCACCUUUCAUGGACGCAGCCCCGUCCGAGAAUAAAUCGGUAGUUCUCGGUGGCUCUUCGGAGGUCGUGCAUUAUACCUGA